CAGGGCCCCUGUCCCAGAGGUGCUGACCCCUCCGCAGGGACCUGACCCAUUCUCCCAGCCUGAGCUGUGGCUUCCCCGAAGGAUGGCAGUGGCUCGGUGGUCAGGGCCCUGGGCCCGUGAACGAUCGUAACAGUGGGACUUGGGCAGACCUGGCACAGGCCCUCCUCACCACCCUGGCCACCUGUGUCCGCCUCUUCUUCAGUCCCCGCUGUCUCCACCUCCUGUGGACUUCCCUCAGGAGGCCAGAUCUGGUCCCCCAAGUCUCCCAGAGUCUCAGGGGCCUCCACCGUGCUCAGAACCAGCCUAGGGCCCUGCAUGACCUCAAGGCCACUCCUCUACGCUGCCAGCUGCAGGCUGUCUCCACGCUGACUCCUGUGGACAGCUGCACUCCUACUCGGCACCCCCUGGUUUGUCCCUCUCCCCCACCCCUGCCUAAGAGCUGGCCUCUGCCGGCCCACCCACCCUCCCAGGGCCGGACACCUGUGGAAGGGGCUGGGGCUCAGCUCACAGCUGUCACUCACAGCAGGGCUGGAGUGGGGUGCAGGGACUGCUCUCUCUGGCCUCCACUCCGGCUUCCUUUAUCCCGCCAUCCCCUUGUAUGCAGACUUCCCAGCAGCUUGCACGUGGGGAAAGCCCACAUCUCAGGUUCUGCCGUGGCUGGUCCUUGAAUUAUUGAUUGAUCUGCUUCUCAGGAAAUGAGGACCUCAUUUUCCUGACUGUGGCAAUGGGCAGUGCCCGUGACCCCUGCUGGGUGCCAGGCCCUCCAGGGUGUCAGAGGUGGUCCCCAACCACAGGUGACACAUAGCAAAAACAGCAAAACUGCCUCCCUUGCUGCUCACCGUGGACACACCCCGUGUGCAUGGCCAGCCCGCAGAUGCUGGGACUCCUCAUCCUCGAGAACCCCCACUGAUGUGGGCGAUACCUACACGCGCAGAUGUGAGUUGACAUUGCCUGCAGAGAAGACUCCAGGAGACAGUGCCCACUGCCGCAGAUGUCAGAUGGAGAGUCCGAGGGGUUUCUUUCCAGGUCCUUGGCUUCCCAAACAAAGAAGUGGACCAGACCUAUAGAAAAGGCAGCAGAAGUGUAUGUUUAUAGAAGGCAGAAAAGAAGUGCGCUCUGCAGAGGACACAUCGGGGCAGGGAAGAUUCUGUACCAUAUUCCGCUCCUACUCCAGGGGUGCACAGGGUGUGAUCCUGGUCUACGACAUUGCAAACCGCUGGUCCUUUGAUGGCAUCAACCGAUGGAUUAAGGAGAUUGAUGAGCACGCACCUGGUGUGCCCCGGAUCCUGGUGGGGAACCGCCUGCAUCUGGCAUUCAAGCGGCAGGUGCCCACCGAGCAGGCCCGUGCCUAUGCCGAGCGCCUGGGUGUGACCUUCUUCGAGAUCAGCCCACUGUGCAAUUUCAACGUCACAGAGUCCUUCACAGAGCUGGCCAGAAUCGUGCUGCUGCGGCACGGCAUGGACAGGCUCUGGAGGCCCAGCAAGGUCCUGAGCUUGCAGGACCUGUGCUGCCGUGCCGUGGUGUCCUGCACACCCGUGCACCUGGUGGACAAGCUUCCGCUGCCCCUGGCCCUACGGAGCCACCUCAAGUCCUUCUCGAUGGCCAAUGGCCUGAACGCCAGGAUGAUGCAUGGCCGCUCCUACUCCCUCACAGCCAGCACCCCGCACAAGAGGACCAGCCUGCGCAAGGCCAAGACUGCCCGCGCGCCGCAGAGCCCACCGGGAAACUGCGCCGGAAGCAGCUGCAAGGUCUCCUAGGGAGAUGGCAGAGAGCGGAGUGCCUUUCCAGAGAAGCCGCGGGCCCUGCACCGGGGUGGGGGGGGGGCCUGAGCCUGGCCAGGCUCAGGACACAGCUUUGCCUCUCCGGCCACGCUGCUGGCUGGGCUGAGUGUGGCCAGUGGGCAGUACAGACACCUGCUCGGUGUGACUGACAUUUCCACACGGUGUGCAUGCAGCUCUUGUUCUCGACUUGUGUUUCUAAAGGGAAAGUUAGCGCCCUGCUCAGCUCUCGGUAACGUGAAAUUCUGAAUGCUACUUUUGUCACUAUUUGCAGUGCAAUUUUUUCCUUAAAAUUACUGUUUUUAUGAGACAGACAAGGUAUGUAGGGAGUACACAUUCAAGGGAGUUUGAGAAGCAAUGACGGUGAGAUCAUCCAGCAUUGUUGCUCUUACAGGAGGGGCUGUUUUGUAAACCUUUUUAACGUCAAAGCACCUAUUUAUAAAAUGCUGCAGAGGGACAGAGAUGACGUACAACAGAUCUGUCCGGUUAGGGUAGGAAAUGCAUUUGAUAACGUUUUUGCUAUGUUGUUUACUACAUUUUGGGAUCAAUAAGUGAUUUCUAUGCAUAUUUUUCUGUAAACCUACAUCUUUUUUGUACAAUGUGUUCUACAAGUUAUGAAGCUACAGGAAGAAAAUGCCAAAGAUAUCUCUUGUGAUACUGAAUAUAGUCAACGCAGUUCCAACAGUUCGGCAAGGAGAAAGCUGUUUCAGUAAAGAAUGAAGUAAAAACACUACUAUUUUAGGACUGUUUCUCAACAAUAAAGCGUAUACCUGUUCCUCUUGG